UAACGGAACAAAUAUUUUGGGUUGUGGAGGGGGACAAACACAUUUGGAGUUUUGGAGCACAUUGUUCUGUUUACAAUGUAAUUUAACAAGUUAUGAGAAUUUUAUGCAGUUUAAUAUUUUUGUGGACUGCGAGAUUUUUUUUACAAAAAUAAUAACUCGUAAAAAUUAUUGAGACUCUAGUUCUGCAUUUCUUGGUGUUUGUAAAAUUCCAAUAUCUUGAUGUAUCAAUAUUGUAAAAAAUACUGAAAAAUAGAAUCUACCAUUCUAUCUAUCAAACUAUAAAUCAAUUGUACAUUUAUUAUGAAUACGCCAAUAUUAACGAAGAAGCAGCAGAGACAGAGCUUAUCGGCUAAAAAAGGACCUGUCAAAGGUUUACGGAAUAUCUUGGCACAGCCUGCUGAGAAUUUCUGGCCAACUGUAAACAUAGAUGAGCACCCAACAUUGGUAACUCUAAUGGAUGAAUUAUUUUCCUUAAUAAAACAGCCAAGAUAUAAAAUUCCUGGAUUUAUGCUUAGACAUAUACCGAAGGAAAGACGUAUAUUGGUUGUAAAAGAAGCAUUAGAGAAAGAGAGCAGCAAGUUUGACAGAAGUAUAUUGAAGUCUGUAAUCUUGGGUAUUAAUGCAAUUACUCGAGCUUUAGAAAAGAACAAUGUAUGCUGUGUUUUAUUAGAUGCCAAUGUUGAACCACUUCUCAUUAAGCAUGUUGUUAUCAUGGCUCAGAAUAAAAUACCUGUUCUUCUGUUGCCUGUUUUGAAAACAGUCUCAUUGCAAAAGAUUGGAUUUGCCACGGCAGCUUUCGCUUUGAAGAAUGAUGUAAUGCAAUCUUCAGAAAAUGUAUUCCAUGCAUUAUAUAAAUUGGUGGCAGAAAUUUUUAAGAACAUAGAGUCACCGAAAUGUUUGCUUCAACUUUUUAAACUUGAUGAAGCAUCUAAGAAAAGUGCAACAUGCAAAGCAGAGAGUGCAAACAAGGAUAGUGGUCCAACUACUUCCAAAUCAGCGAGAUCUGUUAAUAUAUUUACAGAUGUGUAUAAAUAUAGAUCUUCUCGAAAAGAAAGAGCUUUUAUACUUCCGACUGUCAAAAAAAGUCCUCAAGUCUCUCAAACACAAUCGGAUGAAUUUAUAGCUCUAAGCAAUGAUCCUGAUUCUAUUGACGAUGAAAAUAUUACUAAUACAAAGGCAUUAAAGAAUGCAAGAUAUGUAAAUAUCUACAAGGAAAGUGAAUCUGAGAGCACAGAAAAAAAUAACGAUCAAUCUUUAAAUGAAUCAAAGUUAAUUGAUAAUAAUGUAAAUUCGUUGAAACAUAUAAAAAAUUCUAUGUUAAAAAAGUGUAAAAAAAGUGAUGUAGCCUACUUACCAUUAAAAAUAAAACGUAUACAAGGAAACAGUCAUCGAGAAAAAGCAACUAAAUUUACUAAAAGGAAAAAAAAAUAAUAAAUUGUUUUUUUACACUUUUGGGGAGAUUUUUAAAUUAACAUUUUCUAUGUCUAAUAAUGUAAAAAAGAAUGAAUCAAGUACGAGAAUUAUGUACAAAUAUUUAGUAAUAAUGAUGCAUUUCUUUCCAUACAAAUUAUUACAAUAUAUGUAUAAACAUCCUACUUAUAUUAACAAGUAAUAGUAAAUUAAAUAACAUUAUU